AUGGCUGCAAGUAUUGCACCGCCUUCUCUUCAACGAACGAACAGUAAUGGGCAGUUAAACGUUUACAUAUUAUUUCAAAAUAAAAUAAAUGAUGAUUUAUUAAUUGUCUCUCAAGAUAAAUUGCCACCAGCACUACGCACUGGAAAAUUGGUUCUCAACCAAAGAGUUACAUUUCGUGAUGAACAACGACGUAAUGUUGAAGGUGGGAUAAUUUACAUGCAUCAUAGUCGAGACAAUUGUAUAGCCAAGAAAAAAGAGUUGCUUGAAAAGAGAAGCCAACAGCAAAAAGAAAUUGGAAAUAAGUCAUUACAUGUAACCAAUUUGUUUGAUUCAUAUGCUACUGCAUCAACAAUUACUAUUGGAGAUAGAUCGUCAAAAGAUGUUAUAAAAAAGCCGUCAAAGAUACAGAAAAAAUCAAAAACUAUUCAAUAUGAUAAGAAUUCAACAUUGUUAUCGUCGAGAUCAUUAUUACAUGAUUUGUGUGAAGAUAAAGAAGAUGAAGAAGAUAAUAAUGAUAUCACAAGUGAUAGUAUUGAAUAUUCCUUCUCAUCAGCAGUACGAAAACCAAAUUCAGAGGAUGCAUUAAAUAAAACUUUACUCAAUACUAUUGAACAAAAUAACGACAAUAGUAUUUAUUUGGAACGAAUUCAAGAUCUAUGUCUUAAAGUCAAACAACAAGCGAAAAUAAUUAAACAGCAAACUGUAGAAAUCAAACGAUUACGUUCAACUACCAUUGAAAUUCCAAAAGAACCACUUAUACAAGGAUAUAUAUUGUAUCUAGGUGACAAAGUACGACAACAAACAUCGUUACACAAAUAUGAAGGCAAUUUGGAAAACGAUGCAAUUCAAUUAGGAUUAACUAUUGAUCAAUUGAAUGAAAUACUAAAAUCAAAAGGUGGCAUUACGACUAUUGCUCGUGAUUUAUUCAAAAAGAUUGUGCCAGAAUUUCGUCGACAAGUUGAUAAUUGGAAUCAAUUAGAAGAGGAUGUGUUGCUUAAAGAAAAAGUUUUAAUUGAAUUCUUAGAAAGGUACUAUGGUGCACUUCAAGCCAAUCCAAAACAAAUUCAUACAAGUCUUGUUGGCUGCCUUCGUAAUCAGCGACACCUGAAGAAAAAGGAAGGUGAACAAUUAUGUACACCAGAUAAUGAUGAAAACGAACCUAACAGUAUUGAACAUUUAUCAACUCACGAUUAUGAUCGUUUUCGAAGUGAUGAUGCACUUUAA